AUGAAACGGAAGUUGCUUACUCAAGACAAAAUUUUGAGCUGGGAUUUAGCGCGACGAAAGAACAUGAACAUGCUAUGUUGUCUUUUAUGUUAUGCGAACCAUGACUCUCAUGAGCAUCUGUUCUUUGAAUGUGAGUUUUCCUCUCAAGUUUGGUUUAUGGUUCGAAGUAAAGUGGGUAUGGAUAUGGUUUCGGCUAAGUGGAAUGAUAUUGUGGUGUGCUUACGUGAUCGGGCAAAAUCGAAAUCGGUUAGUGACUAUGUUACAAGACUGUUAGUGGCGGCUAGUGCUUAUUUCAUUUGGCAGGAGCGUAAUGCUAGAUUGUUCAAGAAUCAGAUGCGUCCUCCGGAAGCUGUUCGUGACAUUAUUAUUCAACAAGUGCGAUAUAAACUUAUGGGGGCAAAGUUGAAGGACUGUGCUAAUGUUCGAAGGGUGCUCGGUGAUUGGGAUAUAAAGGAUGCUGAUAUGCGCUUUGAUGGCGGCUGA